GGCGCCUGUUCGGCCACUCCGUCGGCGCUUGUAGGCGGGCGGCACUCGGUCGGUCGGUCGGCCAGGGAACGGCACCCGUGAGCGGCGUUGCGGAGCCGGCCUCCUCGCUGCUGUCCGUCGCGCACGUGGCUGCAGUUCCCGAAGGAAAGAAGGCCCGAAGGAGGCGGCGGCGGCGACAUGGGCAGAGGGACUGGACGUGACAAAUAUGAGCCUGCAGCAACAUCUGAGCAUGGCGCCAAGAAGAAAAAAGGGAAGAAGGAGAAGGACAUGGAUGAGCUGAAAAAGGAAGUUUCAUUGGACGAUCACAAGCUCAGCCUUGAUGAACUUCAUCGGAAAUACGGAACUGACCUAAGCCGGGGUCUGACAGUCACCAGAGCUGCUGAGAUCUUGGCUCGGGAUGGCCCCAAUACCCUCACACCCCCUCCCACGACCCCAGAAUGGGUGAAGUUCUGCCGGCAGCUGUUUGGGGGCUUUUCCCUUCUGCUGUGGAUCGGAGCCAUCUUGUGCUUUCUGGCUUAUGGGAUUCAAGCAGCAACCGAGGAAGAACCCAACAAUGAUAACUUAUAUCUGGGUGUUGUGCUGGCUGCUGUCGUCAUCAUAACGGGGUGCUUCUCUUACUACCAAGAGGCCAAGAGUUCCAAGAUCAUGGAGUCCUUCAAAAACAUGGUGCCCCAGCAAGCUCUUGUGGUCAGAAAUGGAGAGAAGCUGAGCAUCAAUGCGGAAGGAGUUGUGGUUGGAGAUCUUGUGGAGGUGAAGGGAGGAGACAGAAUCCCGGCGGACCUGAGGAUCAUCUCUGCCCAUGGCUGCAAAGUGGACAACUCGUCCCUUACUGGUGAAUCAGAGCCUCAGACCAGAUCUCCAGACUUCACCAAUGAAAACCCAUUAGAGACCAGGAAUAUUGCUUUCUUCUCCACCAACUGUGUUGAAGGCACUGCUCGUGGUGUUGUCAUUAACACUGGUGACCGCACCGUAAUGGGCCGCAUUGCGUCGUUGGCCUCUGGACUGGAAGGAGGGCGGACGCCCAUCGCCGUGGAGAUCGAGCAUUUUAUCCACAUCAUCACUGGCGUGGCCGUGUUCCUUGGCGUCUCCUUCUUCAUCCUUUCGCUGAUCCUGGAGUACACUUGGCUGGAGGCCGUGAUCUUCCUGAUUGGCAUUAUUGUCGCCAAUGUCCCUGAGGGUCUCCUUGCUACUGUCACGGUGUGUCUGACUCUAACAGCCAAGCGGAUGGCUCGCAAGAAUUGCCUCGUGAAGAACUUGGAAGCUGUGGAAACUCUUGGCUCCACAUCGACCAUCUGCUCUGAUAAAACCGGCACUCUGACGCAGAACCGCAUGACUGUUGCUCAUAUGUGGUUUGAUAACCAGAUCCACGAGGCUGACACGACAGAAAACCAGAGCGGGGCCACUUUUGACAAGACUUCUGCAACUUGGACCGCCCUCGCCAGGGUUGCCGGCCUCUGCAACCGUGCCGUCUUUCAGGCUAGCCAGGAGAAUGUUCCCAUUCUUAAGAGGUCAGUGGCCGGCGAUGCCUCUGAGUCGGCUCUCCUGAAAUGCAUUGAAUUAUGCUGUGGGUCCGUCAAGGAACUGAGAGAAAAGAACUCCAAGGUGGUGGAGAUCCCGUUCAACUCAACUAACAAAUACCAGCUGUCUAUCCACAUGAAUGCAAACCCAUCAGAAUCGCGAUAUCUGCUUGUGAUGAAAGGCGCACCGGAGAGAAUAUUGGACCGUUGCAGCACAAUCCUGAUCCAUGGGAAAGAACAGCCCUUAGACGAAGAGGCCAAAGAUGCAUUCCAAAAUGCCUACCUCGAACUGGGAGGCCUGGGGGAGAGAGUGCUGGGUUUUUGCCACCUGGCCCUGCCGGACGAGCAGUUUCCAGAAGGCUUUCAGUUUGACACGGAUGAAGUGAAUUUCCCAGUGGACAAUCUCUGCUUUGUUGGACUGAUUUCUAUGAUCGAUCCCCCUCGUGCCGCUGUGCCAGACGCUGUUGGUAAAUGCCGAAGUGCCGGCAUCAAGGUGAUCAUGGUGACGGGAGACCAUCCUAUCACAGCUAAAGCAAUCGCCAAAGGAGUUGGCAUCAUCUCAGAGGGCAAUGAAACAGUGGAAGAUAUCGCCCUUCGCCUCAACAUCCCCGUCAGCCAAGUCAACCCCAGGGACGCCAAGGCCUGCGUGAUCCACGGCUCGGACCUGAAGGACAUGACGAGCCAGGAGCUGGAUGAGAUUCUGACGCACCACACGGAGAUCGUCUUUGCCAGGACUUCUCCACAGCAGAAGCUGAUCAUUGUAGAAGGCUGCCAGCGGCAGGGUGCUAUUGUGGCUGUCACAGGAGAUGGUGUGAACGACUCGCCUGCGCUGAAGAAGGCAGACAUUGGUGUCGCUAUGGGCAUUGCGGGCUCUGAUGUCUCCAAACAGGCAGCUGACAUGAUUCUGCUGGAUGACAACUUUGCCUCUAUUGUGACGGGAGUGGAAGAGGGCCGCCUGAUCUUUGACAACCUGAAGAAGUCCAUCGCUUACACCUUGACCAGCAACAUCCCCGAGAUCACCCCUUUCCUCAUCUUCAUCAUCGCCAACAUUCCCCUGCCACUGGGAACUGUCACCAUCCUGUGCAUUGACUUGGGCACUGACAUGGUCCCUGCCAUCUCUCUGGCAUAUGAGCAGGCCGAAAGCGACAUCAUGAAGAGGCAGCCAAGGAACCCCAAGACGGACAAACUGGUGAAUGAGAGGUUGAUCAGCAUGGCUUAUGGCCAGAUUGGGAUGAUCCAAGCCUUGGGCGGAUUCUUCACUUACUUCGUGAUCCUCGCUGAGAAUGGUUUCCUUCCCUCUUCUUUGCUGGGGAUCAGAGUGAGCUGGGAUGACCGGUGGAUCAACGACGUUGAAGACAGCUAUGGGCAGCAGUGGACCUACGAGCAGCGGAAAAUUGUGGAGUUCACGUGUCACACGGCCUUCUUCGUCAGCAUCGUGGUGGUGCAGUGGGCUGACCUGGUCAUCUGCAAGACUAGAAGGAAUUCUGUCUUCCAGCAAGGCAUGAAGAACAAGAUCCUUAUAUUUGGUCUCUUUGAAGAGACAGCCUUGGCCGCCUUCCUCUCUUACUGCCCUGGGAUGGACAUCGCCUUGAGGAUGUAUCCUCUUAAACCGACAUGGUGGUUCUGUGCCUUCCCGUACUCUCUCCUCAUCUUUCUGUAUGAUGAAGUAAGAAAACUCAUCCUCAGACGCAGCCCUGGAGGCUGGGUAGAGAAGGAAACCUAUUAUUAAAGUACUUCUCCAUUGUGUGCACUUCUGGAAUAUAGGAGGAUGCAAGAACCCUUGUCUGAAGAAAGCGGAAGGCUCUAGACGCGGGAGGGGGAGAGGGAGUGUUUCCAGCCUAGUACUGGGGGGUGGGGAGGGAGAAGUUGGAGUAACUUUUAAGUGUGCCUUUUUGUUUUUGUAAGACACUGAUAAGAUUUUAUAUCUGGACUUUUACAAAUAAAGAUGGAUCAUAAGAGGA